AAUUUAUUGAACUCUCCCUCGCUCUACCUUCCUGUUGCUUCUGAAACUUACAAUCCUUUCUUCUCAAAAACUCCCAGAUUUUCUGAGCCAACUGAACAGUAAGAAUUCGCGAACCCCCCACAUAUCACAGUCGCGAUUCUGAUCCAAAUAUGAAGACCCAUUUGGUAAUUUUGUCGAUCAUCCUCUUCGGAUCGCUUUUGCCAUUCGCCAUAGAAUCAAAAACCCUCGACCCUUACAAGGUACUUGGGGUUGAUCGGAAGGCGAGCCCGCGUGAAAUUCAGAAAGCUUUCCACAAGCUCUCUCUCCAGUAUCAUCCUGACAAGAACAAAAAUAAGGGUGCUCAAGAGAAGUUUGCUGAGAUUAAUAAUGCAUAUGACAUUUUAUCUGACGAAGAGAAGAGGAAAAAUUAUGAUCUGUAUGGAGAUGAGAAGGGCAGUCCUGGAUUUGAGGCUGGCAAUUCCAGAGACCAUGGUGGAUAUUCGUACUUCACAAGUGGUGGACCGGGAGAGACUGGGUUUAGCUUCAGGCCAGAUGGAUGGCAAAAUAUGGGUGGGCAAGGCAACUCAAGAUCAUUCUCAUUUUCUUUUGGCGGCCCUGGCAGCCAGAGUUCAUUUGGUUUUGAUGAUAUAUUCUCCAAUAUCUUUGGGGGAAAUAUGAGAGGUGGGGGUCAGUCUGAUGGUUUCAGUGGUUCAGCCAGGUCUCAAUCUGGCUCUAGUUCUUCCCCUAAGAGCAUCCGCUCUGUAAAUCCACAGUUAUAUAAGAAAGAAAUUGCUGGUAAAGGAAUUACCUGGCUUUUGUUAUCUUACUCACCUACAAUGAAGGGAACCCAGUAUUAUGAAUCUAUCAUAGAAGAUGUUGCCGGGUCACUACAAGGAGUCUUAAAGGUGGGAAGCAUCGAUUGUGAGGCCGAAUCAUCUUUUUGUAAGGAGCUUGGCUUAUAUCCACGCGGAGCACCCAAGAUAUUUGUUUUUUCAUAUAGAGCAAGUCAAAAUGGUUCCUUGGUAGAGUACGUUGGUGAUUUGGAUGUCAAAAAGUUGAAAACUUUCUGCCAGGACCAUUUGCCAAGGUUUUCAAAACGUGUUGAAUUAGGUCAUUUUGAUUUCUUGUCUGACACUGGGGAAACUUUACCUAGAGUCAUGCUUCUUUCUACAAAGAAAGAUACCCCUGUUAUCUGGCGUGCUCUUAGUGGCUUGUUUCAUCAACGGUGUGUCUUCUAUGAUGCAGAGGCUCAUGAUGUUUCUGAUCCAAAGGUGAGGAGUUUAGGUGUUGAUAAGCUUCCAGCUGUGGUUGGUUGGCUAUCAAACGGGGAAAAGCAUAUUUUAAAGGCAGGAAUUUCUGUGACAGAUCUAAAAUCUGCAAUUCAUGAGCUUAGUGUCUUACUUGAAAAUUUUGAGAAAAAGAAUAAGAAGGCAACUUCAACUCAGGGUAAAAAGAUGCAGACUGAAUCAGGCGACAAACAGAUACCUAUGCUUACAGGGUCAAAUUUUGAUGCUAUUUGUGGAGGGAGGACCCCUGUAUGUAUAAUUGGUGUUUUCAGGUCAUCGAGAGCAAGGGACAAGCUAGAAACCAUUUUAUUAUCGGUCUCGCAAAAAUCAAUGUCAAGGCGACAGAAUGCAGCCUCCAGUUCAAGAGAUUCCAUUUCCUAUGCUCUUCUGGAUGCUACCAAGCACCCAUCAUUUUUGAACUCCUUUGACAAAUCUGGAUUCAAAUCAUUGGACAAGCUCUUGGUGGCCUACAAACCACGGAAGGGAAAGUUCUCUGCAUUUGUUGGUGAAAUAACUGCAGAGGAAGUAGAGAGGUUCAUCAGCUCGGUUGUCAAUGGAGACGUACAGUUUACCAACACACGACAGAAGCCCACGCUUAAGUGAGUAACGGGUCUCAGUAAAAUUGGACAAUGUGGCUUCCCAAGUUCAUGUACAGAGAAGAGAUUUGGUUCUUCCUUUUGUCCCCCACUUUCAUUACUUUCUACACUAUAAUGAAGAAGCUAGUUGGGCAUCUGGGCAGGUGAGACGUACACGAAUGUUUUGACAUUUUUUUUCAGAGUAAUCUGUACAUAACCUUGAAGAAAAACACUUAUUGAUAGAUCACUUAACAGGGGUUUUGGGGUCAUUUCUUGCCCUUGCUAAAGAGGUUUCACUGGGGCUUGCAAACUUGUUUCUAACAUAUUUUCAUAUACAAUGAAUAGGUUCUGUACUUUUCUCUGGCUGAC